AUGAUGAUAAGUCUUUGGGAUGAAAGUAAGGUUAAUAUUUGGUAUCAUCUUAUCCUUUUUUUCUCUUCACAGAGUUGUCGUGAAUUAAUGGCGAAAAUAAUAUUGAGCACCAAAAUUCAUCCCCAUUUCCCUGCAACAUUCUCCCAAUCCAAAACACCAGCAAUUCUCACAACCCCAACUCCAUUUCUCCACAAAUGGGUUCAUCAUCAAAACACCCAAUUCCGAGGUCAUCAACUCAAGGUUAAUGGCGUGAGGAGGAGAAGGAGAUCGAAUACCGAGACAGAAACGUAUGUGCUGAUGGAGCCCGGCGAGAGCGAGGAAUUCGUGUCCGAAGACGAAUUGCGCGAGAGAUUGAAAGGGUGGUUGCAGAGGUGGCCUGGUAAAUCUCUUCCACCUGAUCUUGCAAGAUUUGAUUCAAUCGAUGAUGCUGUUCAAUACCUAGUCAAAUCUGUCUGUGAGCUCGAAAUUGAUGGCGAUGUCGGCUCACUUCAGUGGUACCAAGUUCGAUUGGAGUAGAAAAAGUACUAGUUUUUUUUUUUUUUUUUUUUUUUUUUGUGAAUCAUGUUAUUGCCCAAAUCUUGAACUUUUAUGCUCCUUUCCUGUUCGAUGAAAUGCUUGACUUGAUAUAUAUUCAUAUAAUUGUAGGAAUAUUUCAAAAGUGAAUACAUGUAAUAUACCACUAUCUAUAAACUAUAAUUAUAAACUCCCAA